AUGGACGGAAGAAAAACGCGAAGAUCCGCGUUGACGGAAGUGACGUCAUCCCUUCCGGUCCUGGAGCUAAACAUGGUCGUGACCGCUCCGUUAAUGGUGUCUAUGUUUUCAGUUUCGUCGAAUUUGACGAUAUCGCCGCCCCUCAGCUGCGUUGACGACGUAGUACUUUGUGUUAUCUGUGCCAUACCUGGCAAGGAAGAAUUAAAACAAAUUUCACUCGUCGAUAAACGGCUAAGAGAGAGGUCCCUACCACUGCUUCUCCGACGCGUGUGUAUCCAAUUCGUAUACCGGGAGGAUGUGUGGAAGUUAGCUGCAGACGCCAUUGCAAUCAUGCUUACUUCGAUGGCUUUCGACGUCAUUGUCGGGAACACUAGAUUUCUUGAUAUUCGCAUUUCGGAUGAUCAAAGUGAAGAUUCGAAGCUCUCCGGCUUACCCAGUCGACUUGCCGAAUUGUUGUCGGCACCCUUUCAUCAGCUGCACACACUAGUCUUCGUAAUUGAUGAACAAGAGACCCAGAUCUUUGACGACAAUUUUCGCAAGGCAGGCAUCGAGCUCCCUACAGUCAUCUCUCUCAUGGUCGGCGCUUAUUCUGACUUUAUGGUCCCUCUUUGUCCCAAUGUUGAACGUGUGGCGACCUAUGGCCAGGAGUGA